CGGACCCAGCAGUCUCACUGUGUUUCCCCCGCCAGGACUCGCCGCUCCGCAGGGGACCAUGCCGCGUUCCUUCCUGGUGAAAACGCACUCCAGCCACAGAGUCCCCAACUACAGGCAACUAGAGACGCAGAAAGGGAUCAGUGGAGCCUGUUCUGCCUGUGGGGGUCAGGUGGUGCCCCUCUCCCUUGACGAGGAGGCCCCCCCCAUAUCCCGCGACCUUCCCCAGCCCUGGGACUGCACCACCACCGUUGCAUGUAUCUCCCUGCCCUUCCUGCCAUUGCAUGAGGGAGCUCUGGGGGCCCCAGGGCCAGACUCCCUGGAAAUCAGCCAGGUGGACCCUCGCGCUGGCCGGGCCCCCAGCAUAUCUCUCAAAGACAGCCUGAACCACUUCAACCUGCCCCCGCUGCUGGCGCUGUGGCCCCCGCUCCUGGGCCCAGACAGGGAUGGGGCUCCCGAAAAACUGCUCGGGGCUGAGCGGACACCCCGAGCCCCUGGGGGCUUUGAGUGCUCUGACUGCCACAAGCCUUACCACACGCCGGCAGGGUUGGCCAGGCACCGCCAGCUGCACUGCCAGGCGCAGGCGGGGCGCAUCUUCUCCUGCAGACACUGUGACAAGGAGUAUGCCAGCCUCGGGGCGCUCAAGAUGCACAUCCGCACACACACGCUGCCCUGCGUCUGCGCCGUCUGCGGCAAGGCCUUCUCCAGACCCUGGCUGCUGCAGGGCCACCUCCGGACCCACACAGGGGAGAAGCCCUACACCUGCCCCCACUGCAGCAGGGCCUUCGCUGACCGCUCCAACCUGCGGGCACAUCUGCAGACACACUCAGACACCAAGAGGUACCCAUGCCCGGGCUGUGCCAGGACCUUUUCCCGCAUGUCUCUGUUGGCACGGCACGAGGAGUCCGGCUGCUGCCCUGGCCCCUGAGAGGCGAGUGGUUGACAGAACCAAAGAAGCCCCUGGGGGCUGCUGGGGCCACCAGGACCGCCUGCCUGCUGAGCCCCAUUCCAGAGGAGGUUCCUCCCGGGAGGACUGUCCCUGAAAUGAAGACCAGAGUUCCAUGUCAACUGGGUCUGGUUUCUGCUGCUCUCCUCCCAAGAGCUGAAGACUGUGGGAGAUGGUCACUCACAUUGGAUGUUUCCUGCCCGAGCCGACUCCUGGGGCCACCUGGUCCCUUUGUACCUUGAGGUGAAUGUUUUGCUGUGUGGUGAGCACAUCUGUGCACUGUGCCCUCAGAAGGCACAACUACCUCUCGGCCAGCCCCCACCUGCCCACGCUGUGGGCCUGGGUCAAGCUGUCCCACGUCACGUGUAUACCCCCUGACUGAACACUCUCUAAGAAGAAACAGGGCCCAAGAGCCAGCGUUUGGGGGACUUGGGCAUGGGGAAGGGGCCAGGUCCCCUGGAUCUAAAGCUCUGGAGUCAUCCUGCUUACAGCCUGGGGCUGGGGCCUCAGUGCUCUGCUGGCUUCCUGGGAAAUCCUGAGGUGAUAAAGUUUCCACUCUCCUGCUUGUCAUUCCCUUUG